AUGAAUGAAAGAAGACAAAAUGAAGAAGAGCAUGACAGAGGGUAACGGUCCCUCAUAGAACACGCAGGUGGCUCAAGAGGUAUCACUGCUGCAUCAGAUACAGACAAUGGCAUAUUUUCCAACUUUGGUUGCAUUAGGAGAAAGAUCGAAAGGCAAAUAAUUGAUGAGGUGUAACUCAUUGAGAUUGCAUAGCCAUGCAUGCUGAAGAAUGUCUCUGCCUCAAUAGCCUGACUUGUGACGUGUCCUUCACUCACCCCUCUCCUCUUCGCUAUAAGUCUUAUUCCUGGGGUUCUCUGCUCACCCACAAGCAAACGCAACUAGUCCCAUUCAUGGCUUAUAAUUAUUUCUAUAAGCUUUCUAGUUCUCCCUCUCUCUGCAUUUGGGUCUUGUUUUGGUUCUGGGAAGCUGCUUGGCUCUCCGGGAGCGGCCCCAGCAAAACCUGUGCCAGUUCGAGAGGCUCCAGUCUCUCAAACCGGACAACAUCGUUAGAUCGGAAGCUGGUCGGAUCGAGACAUGGGACCCCAACAACGAGCAGUUCCAUUGUAGUGGUGUGGCUCUAUCUCGCUGCAUCUUGGAAAAACACGGCCUUAGGUUGCCUUCCUAUUCCAGUUCUCCUCAGCUCAUUUUUAUCGUAAAAGGAAGAGGAGUAAUUGGAGUGGUAAUACCUGGGUGUCGGAACACGUACGAGGAGUCCCGAGAUCGUCACCAGAAAAUACGUCACUUCAAAGCAGGUGAUGUAAUAGCGGUGCCGGUGGGUAUUUCUUUCUGGAUGUACAACAACGAGAAAGAAGAGGUUCAUGCCAUUCAUCUCCUUCACACCUCCAGCCACCAAAAUCAGCUUGAUACCACGCCCACGAUAUUUUAUCUCGCCGGCAACGAGAAGCAAGAGUUUUCCCAAUAUCAGUCAGGAAGGAAGCAGGAGGAGGAGGAGGAGGGAGGACUGCAUCACAAAGAGCCGUCACGAGGUCGUCGAGAAGGAGAACAAGAGGGACAGGGACAAGAACAGGAAGGACGUGGCAACAUGAUCGGUGGGUUCGGGAGCGACACUGUGAAGCACGCCUUCGACACCGCCGACGAAGAGACGGUGGAGAAUCUCCGAGGGCAGAACGACCAGAGGGAGGGAAACAUUAUCAGAGUGGAAGGCGGUCUUAGGCUCAGCAUCUUCAAAUCACCUUCCAGGAGCAGUGAACAAGAAGAAGAGCAAGACCUUCAGGGUGAGGAUGAGAUCAGUGGAAGCCAGAAUGGGUUGGAGGAGACACUGUGCAGCCUCAGACUUAAACAGAACAUCGGAAAGACCACAUCCCCAGACAUCUACGACCCACAAGCCGGCAGCCUCAGGAGCGUCAAUAGCUUAGACCUCCCGAUUCUCAAGUCGAUGAGGCUAAGCGCUGAGUUCGGCUCUCUUCACAAUGGAGCAAUAUACGUGCCACACUACAACUUGAACGCUCACAGCAUAGUGUAUGGAGUUGAGGGAAGAGCAAAGAUUGAGAUAGUGGAUAGCAAUGGGAAAUCGGUGUUCAACCAGGAACUGAGUGCGGGGAGGGUGGUGGUGGUGCCGCAGAACUUUGCGGCGGCGAUUAGGUCGCAGAGCGAACACUUCCUGUGGGUGGCAUUUAAGACCAACGACAUGGCGAUGGUAGCGACGUUGCCGGGGCAGAUACAGGCGUGGCCGGAAGAAGUGGUGGCACGUGUAUACCAGCUGAGGGGGGAGCAGGCUAGACAGGUCAAGGACAAUAGUCCACUUCAGUUGUUGGUUCCGCCACAGCACUCUCCGAGAGCCAUGGCUUAGACCCGUAGGUGCCUGCUAGGGAAUAAAGAAAUAAAUAGAAAGGCAACCAAUGCAAUCCUUUUGGCAUGGGAAGG